CUUGAUGCCGUGUAAUCGUACAGACAGGAUGCCUCGUGGAGACUUCAACAUUUAUUUUGCUACCAGCAGAAGAGGACAUGUCAGAGCUGAGGAGGCAGUGGGUAUAGUUCUGCUGGUGGUUAUUCUGGCCGCUCUCUUCAUCGUGGGCUGCUGGUACCUCAAGAAGAGGGGUGGCUACAAAAUAAUCAGGAGCCCUAGAUCAGGGUCACCAAGUCACACAGGAGGCCAGUACUCAGAGGCAGGACCUUCAGCAGAUAACAAGAUGGCUCUUGCCGACUUUGGUAGCUUCCGACCUAUGGUUCCUAAUGCUCCUCCCGCCUAUGAAAAGAUUUCCUCUGGGCCGCUGCCUCCUCCUCCCUAUUCCCCCUAA